AGCGGACGCUUCACGCGUGGUGGCGGCAAAGCGCUCCGAGGAUAUACGUCAUUGAGUGAUGCAGGUUACUGCAGUGAUGGAGACAGCUUCUGUUAAAGGUUACUUCAGUAAUGGAGGAAACCUCCAGAAAGAUGAACUGUCUAAUCCUAAGAAAGAAAACAUGUUAUCGUCCAAUGGUUGUAAUGAAGACAAAUUGACUGUUAAAGAAGACAAAGAUGACUGGGAUUCCUUGUCCUUAGAACAAAGAAUUAACAACAAAGAAAUCGACAGUAUUCAUAAGAUAGAUUUAUUGGAGCCAUCUUUUUCACCAAGUCAAGAUACUAACGUAGAAAGUAUUCACUCUCUGUCAAGUGAGUUUGAAGACAGUAUUGACUGUGCUUUCUUGAAUGAAACAUACUCUAUACAUUUUGCAGAGUCAAAGGUAAAUAACGAAAGUCCUAUUCAUUUAAAUUCAGAAUUACAACCUGAAAUGCAGAAACAAAGGGAGGUAUUUUUUGAUAUUUUGGAACAUCAAGGUAAUAAGACCAGUGGCUUGGAAAGAUGCCUCAAGAUUUCAGAUGAUGAUUAUAAAGGAACUGCUGAAGAUAUGCAAAAGCAUGAUAUAAAUGAGGACUCACAGCAGGAAUAUCACAGUGCAGAAGAACAAGAAUAUAUAAGUAACAAUUUAUCUUUUGACCGAGCAAAAACAUUGAGUAUAUGUAAUCCCAAAAGUGUGGAAUUAAGAAAUUCAGCUUAUGAAGUUAAAUGUUCUAGCAAUCUAGAAGAUAAUCAUGUUAGAUUAGAAAGUGGUUCUAUCAUUUCUUUAGAUUCAGUUGAUGUUUAUGGACAAGAAGAUUCACCUGAUGGCUCCAAAUUUCAGAAUUCUGUGAUGUUAAGAGAAUAUCAUGAACUAAAGCGUGAAAAAUGUAAGGAACAAGAGACUAGUUUAAUGUACCACACAGUGUUUGAUGAAACUGUACUAAGAAGUAGUUCUCCUGAUACCCAGGAAUCUCAGUCUAAGAUUGGUUUCUUGAACCUCCAAAAAGCAGUAAAAACUAAGUCUAAUACUGAUAAAAUGAAAUCUCAAAUAACUGAAAGUAAAGAUUUCUGUGGAAAUACAAUUGUUGGGAACAAUGUCCUACAGCAGCUGGAAAAUUCUAGUGCAUUAUCACACAACAAAGCUUUCGGGACAUUACUCCAAUCCUGUAAAGAUUGUCAAGCUUCCUGGACCUCUAUUUUUGAUGAUUCAGUGAUUUCUGCCUGUGGCUAUUCACAUUUUAAAGUCCUGCAAAACACACCUGACCAAACCUUGGAUUUUUCAGUCACUCUGCCAAAGGUUGCAGUGAAAGAUAAUCAGGCAACAGAAGAAGAUAGCUCCCUAAAAGCUACUAAUUGUACUACCACAAAUAAAGCAUGCUUUCAUGAUAUGGAAAGGACAUGUCCUAAACUGGUGACAGAUGCAGCGAGUUGCACAGUUACAGUUAAUCAGACAGUGGACGUCAGCACUGAUUUUAGGGCUUGUUUCACAACCAGCAGGGCGACAAGUGCAAGAUCUUCAGUAGUAUCUACAUCGAGCAAUACAGAGAUAACAAUGAUGAGUAAAAAACGGCCUGGCGAAUGGCAGAGUGAGAAACACAGAAGUGUGGCUUGUAACACAGAUUGGUCAUACCGUCAAGAGUGUGUGGAUACACAGAUGGCUAUGACAAAAGGACUGGGAAAAUCCCUCUCAGUUGACAGUUUAAAACCUUAUGGAAAUUUCCUAAAUAAGGAUUCCUUGGAAUUAAGAAAAACAUUUGAUAACACAGACUUAAAGAAACAGAAUUCUGAGAGAGAAUUUCAGCUUUCUAAAGAGAUGGAGAAUUUGCCAUCAAAGUGCUGCCAGAAAAUUAUGCAGAGGGCCAUGAAAGCAGAGCUGCACCUUCUAAACGUUCACUAUCAGAUGUGUUAUCACCAUUGUUGUGACAUUUAUAAACUUGUGUUGGAAAAUAGGGAAGGAUCAGAUAGGAGGUUAUCAAGUAAUUCUGCUAAAAAGGAAUUAGGAUCAGCACUACUAUCUGUUUGGGGAGACUUAAAAGUUCGAUAUGCAAGUUUGAAAGAAAAAAUAAACAAAGGCAUACCACUGGAAGAGCUGCCCCCACUGUCAGUGGAAUCAAAGUUAUUAUCUACCUUCUCUACUUUUGCUUCAAGGUUAAUGAAAGAAGAAUCACAAGUCUUUUCAGGAGCAGAUUCCAGACUAGAUAAUCAAAGUGCAUGUGACGGUGUUUCUUCAAGUCUGAAAAAGACGCCCUCUCAAAUAUCUUUAUUAUCUGACAAUUGUCAUCCCAAACAAGAUACGUCACCUAAGAAUGAUGGUUUAAAUAAUGGUGAUAUAAAUGUCGACUUUAGUCAACUGAAACUUGAUGAUAAAGACUGUAAAAAUUAUCAAGAACUAAGUGAAGACUGGUUUGAUGCUAAAGAGAACCUUACAGUAGUUGACUCCUCAGGAACACAAGAGAAUCAAAUGGAACAAGACAGACGGAAUCUGAAGUUGACACUAGAAAUGAAGAAUUUUGAACCUUUACGAAGAGAUAAAGGUUAUUUGAUACACGUUGGUGGUCUCUGUCCUUCAGUAUCUGAGGCUGAUUUAAGGUCUCAUUUCCAAAAAUACCAAGUUUCUGAAAUUUCAAUUUAUGAUUAUUCUAAUUACAGAUAUGCAUCUCUUGCUUUUAAAAAAAACAGUGAUGCAAAGACUGCUGCAAAAGAAAUGAAUGGAAUAGAAAUAAACGGAAAGUCAGUAAACGUGCGGCUUGUUAAAACUCCUGGAGAAUAUACAUCACCAAUGUCCUCCAAAAAUGGAAGUAGAGUUAGUUUGAAUAAUUUGGAGAAAAGCACAAACAAAGAAAUCAACUCACCCUCCUCUCUUUCUAGAUUGCCCAGAACUAGACCGAGGCAGUUGGCAUCUGAGCAGGACAGUGAGUUUUUCCCUUUGGACCAUAAGAACGUGAAGAAGAAUUGUAAACAAAUUGAAUCUACUAAAUUGUUACCUGAUGCACCUAUUCUUCAAUUCAUACCUCCAAAUACUUUGAACUUGCGUAGCUUUACCAAGAUCAUGAAGAGACUGGCUGAGUUACAUCCAGAAGUCAGCAGAGAUCGUAUUAUAGAUGCUCUUCAAGAAGUGAGAUUAAAUCAUAAAGGUUUUCUGAAUGGCUUAUCUAUAAAUACUAUUGUGGAAAUGACUUCAUCUGUUCUGGAAAACUCUGCUUCUGCUUAGGAAUAAAAGAAGCAAUAAAGAGACUCUUCUUGGAACGCAUGAGUGCCCUUCUCCAGAGAAUGUUCCACAGCACUUAGGAAAAAGUGUGGUAGCAGCAAGAUGAAGUAAUUAAAUAGGCAUUAUCAACAGAUUUUGCUGUUUAUGUUUUACUUUUUAGCCCUCCCUUAAAAACCUAGCAACUGUUGUUUCUUCAGUAUUAAGACCAUCUGUAUAUAAAAUUAAAAGAUAAUUUAAAUAAGUUUAUAAGCUUUAUAUUUCAAACUUGUUACUUAGAGACUUUAAGCUACAUGUUUUGGAUCAGGAAAAAUGGUAUAGUUUCCAUUAAAGAAAAAACACCUUUGUCGAAUCAAUUUAUCAAAAUAGUGCAUGAGAGGUUUAUUAUUGUUUCAGAGUUCAUUAAAUGAUUUCCACAGAGGAAAAAUGUAAUUUUGUAAUUAUUUCUAUAGAUGAAAAAUGUGAAUCAUCUGAAGUUUGUGUCUUGGUUCCAGUUUUUCUAAUUGCCCAAGACUCUUGGACCAUAGGAUAAUAAAUAAACUGAAUUUAUAGAUGUAAGAAAUUUUGGAACUUGUAUAUUUUUAAGCUUCCAAGAUUAUUACCUUACUACUGUGAUAUAUUUAAUGCAUUUUAUGCAUUAUAAUUGCAGUAUAAAACAUUCAAAUGUAUUGUUCCUGUUUUCACUGAGAAUGAACCGAAGCGUGCUUUUGGUAAAGUACCUAAAUGUUCAGCAGAUUGCUUGCAUUCAUUUUGUGUUAAAUUCUGUUGUAUUAAAUUAGGGGAUGAGUUGGAACAAUUUUUAAAGCCUAAUGUUUUGCCUUAUCUGAUAGCAAUAAAUAAUAUAGGCUUAUUUAAUAGCUUACUAUCUUAAAGUAACAUACUGUGAAAAGUUGCAUUUU